AUGGAGGAAACCAGCGUCGCUCCGACUGAUCCGUCUUCGUUGGAAAUGAGGUUGCUCGUUGCCUCCCAUUUACAAGGUCAUAUACGGAGUAAGCUGGUGCAUCAGAUAGGCUUCACGGCUACGGGCGGGAUCUCAACCUCCAAACUAUUGGCAAAAUUGGUAGGGAACGUUCACAAGCCCAACGGCCAAACGACUCUUCUGCCGCCAUAUACGGCAACAGAAGAUAAUACUAGCAACGUGUCGAAGUUCUUGGAUGAUCACGAGAUCCGGAAGAUUCCUGGAAUUGGUUCUCGCAUUGCCCAGAAACUAAAAUCCCAUGUCACAGGGCAAGAGAGCGUCGACGAGAAGGUCACUGUCAAGGAUGUUCGACAGUCCCCUGGCAUGGGCCCACCUUUACUGGACAGAAUCCUCGGCGGGCCAGGCUCAGUGAAGGGCAUCGGGAUGCGCAUGUGGAGCAUUCUCCAUGGUGUAGAUAAUUCCGAGGUGCUGGAGGGUCGCGAUGUGCCCACUCAGAUCAGCAUCGAGGAUUCUUACGGGCGGUUAGAUACGCUCGAGGGUGUACGACGAGAGCUAGUAGUGCUGUCGCGAAGUCUGAUCCGUCGCGUAAGAACCGACCUACUUGAUAUGAGUGAUGACACUGCUCCCCAAGGGAGAUGGCGUGCUCAUCCUCGCACUCUGCGGUUAUCGACCCGGCCAAGACCUCCGCCAGACUUGGGGACGGGGCGUGCGCACAGUUACAAUCGCAUCUCGCGGUCAGCGCCCCUGCCACCCUUUAUUUUCAACUUGGAUGAGAAUAUCGAUGCACUGGCCGAGCGACUGGUCCGAGAAUGUGUUUUGUCCAUGUUCCGCAAAUUACAUCCUGAAAAGUCUGGGUGGAACCUCAGUUUGUUGAACGUCGCAGUUACCAAUAUGGUGGAGACCGCGGGGGAUCAGAAACAAAACAGUGGACGAGAUAUCGGGAAGAUGUUUCGACAGCAGGAGACAGUACUUAAGGAUUGGACUGUGCAGGAACCCGAGUCAUCAUCUGAUGUGCCGCGGUUGUCCGGCGGUUCCCCUGAGAUCCAGUCCCAGUCAGAUGAUGGCUGGGACGAUGAUGAACCCUUGGGGAGUGUGGAUUGUCCUAUAUGCGGGGUUUCAAUCCCAUAUUUUGCGCAGUUGGCACAUCAGAUAUAUCAUUCCGAGAAAUAG